AUGAAAAACGUUAUCAUCUUUACAACAGUAAGUUGUUUCCUAUUUUAUUUUUAAUUUUUAGAUUAACUCUGGAGAAGUCUUUGUUGAAAGGGGCAGAGAUAUUUCAGUUUUAGUGUUGUGGUAGAUUAAAAUUUAAUUAUUUGAAGUAAAACUCCCUUUUUCAGCUAAUAACCUUUUCAAUUGCCCAAUCAGACUCAGGGUUUGCUUUGCUGGAUGUUGAAACACAUGAUCAUCAACUGGUCGAUCGAGGGAUUUGCGUGAAUUUUCAACAAUACUUCAGGGAGUCGCUACCUACAACCGCUGAUGAAUCAAAAGAAAAUAACAAGGUAAAUUUUAAUUUUCCUGUUUUUGAUUUGUAGGUAAAUAUGAAGAUACAAAUCUCGGCUUUAUUUUGCCUAAAAGGCAUGUAAUUUCGUCUAUUUUAACAAAUUUUACAGCUUGUUUUAUCUAGUAACAUAUGAUAUUAUUUUAGUUUUCGUUUGAUCUAAAUUGGUGGCGAGAAGAAGAAGACAACUUGGAUGUUUGUAAGGGAAAUGAAACUGAUUAUGGAGGAGAGAUCAUACCAGCCUUGUAUGUGUCAGAGAUGAUACCGAAAAUGACUCCAUGCAAGGACAAGACCUUGUAUUACAUUGAAGGACAGGUAACUUAAUAUUCCGUUUUUUAACGAAAUAGUUGUUUAUUAUAUUGAUGAAAGUUUGUUAUCUGUUUGAGACUUUAAAUUUUAAUUUUACUGUUGUUUUUAAUAGAAAUGGCAGGAAAAAUCAUUUUAUAUUAUCUUUAGAAGCUAAAAUGUACUUUUUUAGAUGAAUCAAAUUAAAAACUCAGGAGCCUCAGCAGCUCUCUUCAUUGUCGACAAGGGUACCAAAAGUGACUUCCACAAGCAGAACUACCUGUUUUCGAGGUUUUACAACCCUAAAGUUAGAAAUGACACGCCAACCUUCUACAUGUACAGAUACACAUUUGACAACAUCAAGAACUUGAUCAAUGUGGAGCGAAAUGAAGGACCCAUUUUGACGUUCUACAGGCCAGCUGAUCCGUUUUUGGAUGCUGGAGUGUUUGUGCUGCUUGCAUUGGCUGUGGGAUGCAUUUCUCUUGGAUGUUUAUGGUGGGUUUUUAAUUUGUUUUUUUUGAGUUUAGGUAACGAGAGCUUAUUAUAAAAGGCAUUUUUGGGUAACGGCUUUGGUUUUUAGGUAACAAAAGUUUAAAAAAGGUAUUUUAGGCAAAAAAAGUCUAAACCUUGUUUAUUAGAGCCAUUUUUCAGCAAAAAUGUUGAAUUUUAGGUAACAAAAACUCGAAAAAUGACUUUAAGCUACCUUAAUAUAAAAAUUUAAUUCAACUUGCUUUCAGGUACGUUCAUGACUUGAGGAAAAGAAUUGAAAAUGGUGUGUUAAAGUCAAGUCUAACCGAAACCAAUAAUGGAGUUGAAAGUGAAACCGGAAUCCUAACAAGAACCUCGUCUCCAGAUUCCCAACACGAUGAAGAAGUAGUGCCACAGUCAGGGUGCUGUAAAGUCAAUGGAUUGUGUAUUCACCUUUGCCAAGCCAGCGUUUCGCUGGCUGUUGUUGUUAUUGUAUUGUUGUUGAGCUUCUUCUACAGAAGUGUGGCUGGUGAGUUGAAUUUAGUUUUUUGUUUAAGGGAUGGUUUAAGAGUUUUUGAAAUUUUAUGAGCUGUUAAGAAAGUUUUGGCAAUCCUAUGAGCUGUAAAGAAAUUUUGUAAUUAUAAGGUUUGGAAAUAAAUUUUUUUUCGUUUUAAGAUUUGUAAAGAUAGUUUUUGCCAUUUUAUAUUCUGUAAAGAAAAUUCUUGUCAUUCUAUGUUUUGGAAAGAAAGUUUUUGUUAAUUUAUGAUAUGUAAAGUAAACUUUUCAAUUUCAGUUGAAUUCUUCAACGUUUUCUUGGUAAUCGGUGGCACUUUGGCCAUCUGCAAAUGCACUCUAGCCUUAACUCGCAUUUUCUUUGACGAUCCCGCCCUAUCAGCCCCAAUGGAGUUUGUCACAUCGGACCUUGAGGAACAGAAAUGGUAUUUACCGUCCAUAUUGUACAAGCCCUUCCGCCCAUUCGCAUUUAUGGUAUUCCUUCUUUCAUUGGCAUUUGCUCUGACAUGGUACUUUGCCAAGGACGACUCGAGCGCAUUCCUAAUGCUGGAUAUUAUGAAUGCCUGCAUUUGCGUGUACAGUGUACGAUGUAGUGAGGUCAGGAGUCUUAGGGUAAGGCAUUUUGAAUGCUUUUUUGGUUUUAAAGAGGGUUUUAGUUUGUUAGGGGUGUUUUUGAUUUUAUUUUUUAUUGAAAGUUUGAAAAAGCCGAUAAUUUUUGUUACAUUUCGUGACAUUUUUGUCAUUAAAGGUUAUUUCACAAAAUUUGGGUUGGAACCAGGGCUGGGCGAAACAAAAAAAUUUUGUUUCACGAAACACGAAACGAAAGUAAAUUAUUUUCGCGCGAAACGAAACACGAAACGAAACAAAAUUUACGAAUUUAUUAAAAAAUCUUCAUAAAAAUCAAAUUUUAUGCCGUAAAUGGGUAUUAACCUUAAGGAAUAACAAGUUCUGAAGCAUCUCACUUGUCAUGCUUCUUCGAUAGUCAGUCAAAACAGUCCUUGCUGUCGAAUUUUGAUGUGCUUUAUUACAAAAAGAAUGUAACCUUUCCUAUAAACCGAAAUACUUGUUUCAAAAGACUUACAUUAUCCAGAAUAUUACGCUCUUUCUUUGCUGGUGCCCCGUCCGCUACAAUUUCUUUCCAUACGUCCGGGUGUUUCUGUAUUAAAUGGUGCCGGAAAGAGCUAGUUGAGGAAUGAUUUGUUGUGUUUCGCACUUUUGCCUUACAUGUUAUACAGACUCCUUCGUUAAAAAAGGGAUUGUAUUUCGGCAUUUGUUUAUGCCAAAAUAUGUUUAAAAUUAAAAUAAAAACAAUUUCCAACAGUAUAAAACAGAAUGCCAAAAAUUUUAAACAUUUGUUGGUUUUCGGGUUGAGAAAUAUUUUUUUUUGUUUUGUUUCCGAAACAAAAUUUGUUUCGCGAAUCACGAAACGAAAGUGCCUCUUUCGCGCGAAACGAAACACGAAACGAAAUUUUCGCCCAGCUCUGGUUGGAACUAUGAUUUUUGAAAGCAUAUGCCAUAUGAAAAUGUAUAUUUUUAAUUUUAAAAUUAAUUUUUUUAAAAUUGAUAUUGUUUUAGUUUAUCACAUUCUUCUUGAUCGCAAUGUUUGUCUAUGACAUCGUGAUGGUGUUUGGAACAAGGUUAAUCACCGAAAAUGGAUGUUCAGUUAUGGUCCAAGUCGUUACCGGAAUGGAUUGCCAAAAAACGAGGCCAAUCGACUUUAGCAACGAUUGGCCGAUCGCACCAGUAGCCAAGGGAUUCGACAGACCGAGAAAGGUAAGGUUUGAGGGGAAACGGGGCUUAGAGGGGUCUUUUUCACAAAAAUCUACAAAAAAUUUAGAAUUCUAAAGAUUUUAAAUAAUUUCUUUUUUUUCCAGAUUCCAAUCCUCUUCUACGUCCCCCUCCUCUCCAACCCAGUCAAUCACUGCUUCGAUCCGGCGGUCGAAGGCGAAGCCCAACACAUGAUGCUCGGCUUGGGAGAUGUCAUCGCCCCAGGUUAUCUAAUUGCCUUCGCCUUCUUCAUGGACGUCUGGCACAAAUCACGCUUCAUGGAGUACGGAUUGACCGCCCUAUCCGGCUACACAAUCGGCAUGCUAGCCACUUUCGUAUCACUGAAACUGAUGGCAACAGCACAGCCAGCUCUAAUCUACCUAGUUCCAUUCACGUUAGUACCCUUGGUACUAUUAUGUUUGGCCAAAGGUACACUGAAAGAAGCGUGGAAAGGCGCCCCGGGUCAUUAA